AUGGAGAGUGAUAAGAAGAGGAUAGCCAUCAUAGGUGCUGGAAUUAGUGGCUUAAUGGCAUGUAAGUAUACACUAGAGAAAGGUUUCAAUCCCAUUGUGUUUGAAGCAAGGAGUGGCAUUGGUGGAGUUUGGUCACAAACAAUAGAGUCUACUAAGCUACAAACACCCAAAGAUUUCUAUCAGUUUUCUGAUUUUUCAUGGCCUCGUGAAGUGAAAGAGACUUACCCUGAUCACACCCAAGUGUUGGAAUACCUCCAUGCCUAUGCUCUUCACUUCAACAUCCUUCCUAGGAUCAAGUUCAACUCCAAGGUAACAUGCAUCGAUUAUGUCACAUCCUCUACUGCAGAUUUGCAUUCUUGGGACUUAUGGGGUGGCUCCGGUGAGCCAUUUUCUCCCUCGGGGAAAUGGCGUCUCACCAUACGAAAUGGUCAGAAUCCAUCUGCUUCUGCUCCAACAGAUCAGGUGUACCAAGUGGAUUUUGUGAUUCUUUGCAUGGGAAGAUAUAGUGACUUGCCAAAUAUUCCUGAUUUUCCAUUGAGCAAAGGACCUGAAGUAUUCAAUGGCAAGGUGUUACAUUCCAUGGAUUAUGCUGCAAUGGAUGAUGAUGUUGCCGCUGACUUAAUCAAAGAAAAGCGAGUCACAGUCAUUGGAUUUCAGAAAUCAGCAGUGGAUAUAGCAGCAGAAGUUGCUAACAAAAACGGAGCAACUCACCCAUGUACACUGCUAUUCAAGACGGCUCACUGGAUUGUCCCCGAAUAUUUACUCCCACUUGUGUUUCAAGGCUUGAACCGCUUCACAGAGUUAAUGAUCCACAAGCCUGGCGAAGGUUUCUUCAUCUGGCUCCUAGCCAUGCUGCUUUCACCUCUGCUCUGGAUAUUUUCAAUGUCGAUCGAGUGCUAUCUCAAGUACAUGUAUCCAUUGAAGAAAUACAACAUGGUACCAACACAUAGAUUCCUCAAACAAAUUUCUUCAUGUAUGUUCACAGUUCUGCCAGCUAAUUUCUAUGACAGAAUCAAAGAUGGCAGUCUUUUCUUGAAGAAAUCACAAAGCUUUAGCUUCUGCAGAAAUGGUUUAAUUGUACAAGGCGAAUCUAAACCUCUGUUGUCUGAUAUUGUAAUUCUUGCCACUGGGUACAAAAGUGAAGAAAAGUUGAAGAACAUGUUCAGCUCAACUUUGUUCCAAAAAUGUAUUGCUGAGUCAUCAGCCCCAUUCUACAGGGAAUGCAUUCAUCCUCAAAUCCCACAGCUAGCGAUACUUGGAUAUGCAGAUAGUCCAGCAAUCCUGUAUUCCACUGAAAUGAGAAGCAAAUGGUUAGCACAUUUUCUUGCAGGAAACUUCAGGUUACCAACAAUAAGUAAGAUGGAAGAGGAUGUUAUGGAGUGGGAAAAAUGCAAGAGAAGGGAUGAGAAAGAGAGCUAUAGAAGGUCUUGUGUGAGUACAUUGCUCCAAAUAUACUGUAAUGAUCAACUAUGCAAAGACGUGGGAUGCAAUUCUAGAAGGAAAAAUUGGUUUCUUGCAGAGCUAUUUGCAGCUUAUGGUCCUAAGGACUACAAAGACUUAUCUUAAUCAAUUAAGCUAUGGAAGAGAUUGUGGAUGUUGAAAUUUA